AGAGUAGAGGAGAGCAGGACGAGAGCAGAGGUGAGCAGGACGAGAGCAGAGGAGAGCAGCCGGACUCACCGUGAGGAUCCCUUCCUGCCUCAUGUUCAUGCUUCACAUUCUCAGUUUGAUUUGUCUUUUUGACAGUCUGUUCUGACGUCAUUUUUGAUAGAUGGUCACUGCAGAAAUUCCGGCUAAUCAGCCUGUCUGGGGCUGGAUCGACCUUUUCCACCCGAAAACUUGAACCCGAGACAUUUAUCCUACAGGACAGACGCUGAGAAUCUCUUUCAGUGGACAGUGUGUGCAGGGAGACUGCCUGUCCCUUCGUAUGUAAACCUGUCACUGGAAGUCAAGGCCGAUCACUGCUGUGACUGUGAACUCAGGGAGCAUCCAGAGUAUGGUGUCCACAAACGUCAUCUUGCCGUUGAUGCGGUUAAGGGCUCGAGAUCACAGAGUUGAAGGUUCCUCUCCUGAACGAGUUGUUGGAGCCAAACCAUUGCUGCUGAAGCCCAGCUGUACGUAUGUCUGGAAGAGGGAGAGCUGGGCUCCGUGCAACAUGAAGCGCCAUGAGAAGAGUCAGGGUGGAUGUUUCUUUUUAAUCUGUGAGCUGUAAGUUUGAUGUUACAUGAGAUACUCCAAAAGUACCAAUGGCAGACCAGGAGGGGGUGGCUUCGGGACAGAGUCUGAGUCUGAAUCCCACUCAGGGUGGCAUAAGAUGUUUCACACCGCCAGCUGCAGGACGCUCCACAUGUGUAAGAUGACCGUGACAAGGCCCGAGUGGCGUUUCCAGAAUGUUCUGCUUCUAUGCAAAGAUCCGCCACUCUUGUCCUGGAAUAGGAGACCUUCAGACAUCAUGGGCAGUUGUCUUGCCAAAAGAAAACGAAAGUCAAACUCAGGCCCAGACACAGCAAAUUCCACAGCACAAGACCUGUACCGGCCCGUGGUGGUAUCCCUGUAUAACUACCCCUCCUUGGAAGGGACGGCGGAGGGUGGCAUCACACUGGGGGAGAGACUCGACAUCCUGUCAGACGAAGGCGAUUGGUGGAAGGUGAGCUCAACAGCUACGGGCAGGCAGUGUUACAUCCCCAGCAGCUACACUGCUAAGGUCUUCCAUGGGUGGCUUUUUGACGGCAUCACCCGGGAAAAAACUGAGCAACUGCUGCUUCAACCCCACAACCAGCCUGGCUCCUUCAUGGUCCGAACAAGCCCCACCCACAUCGGAAACUACUCCCUCUCUGUGCGCCGUGACGCAAACUCCUCUGGCAGAUCGGUGAAGCACUACCGCAUCCACCGUCUGCCCAAUGGCUGGUUCUACAUCUCGCCAGGGACAACCUUCCCCUCGCUAUCCCAGCUGGUUGAACAUUACUCAGAGGCCAGUGAGGCUCUCUGCUGCCCCCUACGGGAGCCGUGCUUUAUACGGGGCUACAACAACGUCCCUGUGAUAAGAGGAACUCCACCCCCACCUGUCAGGAAACCCCCACUCAACUGGAACGAGGUGGAUAGCACCAUGAUCUUCGGUCAGAACGAGGGAGACCCUGGAGAGAACCCCAUGAGCGAGGGGCUGCGAGAUGCCAUCAACUCCUACCUGCUGCUGACGGAGGAGGCCAGGUGUGAAACCUGCCAUGGCUGGGAGACCUGAGGGACAGCCACACCAGCACAAUGUGCCAGAAAGACUGUGCUGCGCCACCAUCGGUCCCCACCAGGGGGCGCAUAUGUGUCUGGGGGGGGGGGGGGGGUUGCCGGUGACUAUUUUGCUGCUCCUUCCUGUUUGGGACUGCAGGAGAAGGGUCUUUCAGGCCCAGAAUGCCCUCCACUGUUGUAGAGGGUCUCGAUAUAUAGUGCAAGCUGAAUCCUUGGGUUCCUUUAAAUCAGAGCUAGAUAAGAUUUUAACAACUCUGAGCUAUUAGUUAAGUUCUCCCCAAG